AUGGAUUUCUUGUGGAUUAUAAAAACGUGUGGAAAUGGUUUAAAGGAAUUAACUGAAGUUACACAGUUGGAAGAAGAAAUCAUGGGUGUAAUGGAACCGGACGCUGGGAGUAAUCAGACAUCUAUGAUUAUACUAAUUGUUAUACUUUCUGUCUUUGCUUUACUUGGAAUAAUCGGAAAUGGUUUAUCUACGUUUGUGUUUUAUAGAAUACGUGAUAAAACGUCGGCUCAGAUUUUUAUAUUGACUUUGUCAGUAAUUGACUUGUUUACAUGUUCCAUCAUAAUCCCAUUUACUAUCGUGGUGGAAUAUCUCCACUAUAAAGUCAAUUAUGAUAUCGUAUGUAAACUAUAUCAUUUCCUAAUUACGUCGAAAGUGCCUCUGUCUGCGUUCAUGAUGGUAGCUAUAGCCAUUGACAGAUAUCUUUGUAUUUGUCAUUCACUGAAGAGAAUAGUCAAUCCAUUCAGAACUAAAGUUGUAAUAGCGUGUUUAGUGAUAUUUGCGUGUGCUCUGGGUAUAGCCACCAGUAUAGGAUAUGGUGUCUAUUACAAAUAUACCCCCUCUAAGGAACAACCCGACUUUAACGAAACAGAUACCGAAUCGUUACUGAAACUAAUGGAGGAAGCACGAGGGGUCGAGAAUCAAGAAAAAUUAAUUGAAAUGUUGAGCUUUAAUUUCACGGACUUCGACUUAUCUCUGGAAUUACCGAGAGAAUCUCUUGAUAGUGGUCCGAUUGUUAUUCAUACAGGGAUAUGUGCACCGUAUAUUUACGGUUUUUAUUUAAACAAGAAUUACGUGAUGACUUAUCAAAUGAUUUAUUCCUUGUUAUUUGUCGUGUGUUUAGUCGUGGUCGGUGUCUUGUAUUCCUUAAUUUAUCAUUUUAUUAAGAGCAGACGUACAAAGAAAUUACAACAAAAACUUGUCAUGUGCACGUAUACUAAUGAUAAGAAGGGCGAAGAUCCUACAAAAACUAAACUUUUAGAAGUCAAUCCGAAUUUACCAGUAAAAGAGCAUAGCGAUACCAAUGUUGAGGAGGGCACUAUUAAACAUUCUCAAUCCAAGAAACAUUCUCGUGUGCACGACGAGGCUGAAAAAUUGCGCGAAGAGGCACGUGCAGCUAAUAUAAAGACGGCUGUUAUGUUGUUUAUCGUAAGCGUUGUGUACAUUUUAGCCUUUACCCCAGCAUGGUUAAUGGCCCACCAAAUCGUUCCUAAGCAAAAGGUUGUGUUUUAUAUGUACUUCUGUUACAACGUGGCCAAUCCACUUAUAUACGCUUUCAUGAAUCAGACGUUUAAGGAUCAUUUACGAAAAUUAGUUAGUUGCUGUCGAUAA